GCCUGGGGUUUGUAUGCGUUUCAUAUUUUUUCGACAGAGCCCAUAACUACAAAUUUCUGCUUCUGUUCUUUGAAUAUUGUUUAGUUUUCUUUCCCGACGUAAUAACUUGCCUGCAAGAAGUAAAGAAAAAAUUCGUUUCUAUAGACUUGAGAUUUGAGACCCAUAUAGAUUUGAGCGGAGAUGUUCUCCUAGGUUAAGCUUUAGGCCUCACCAAAGUUGACUGCUCAUCUAGAUUUCACCAGAUAUCCCAAACGAUGUUAGUAUUUUUUUUAACAAACGCCAAAUAUAUUAAUAUUGAUAUGCCACGUGUUAUUACAUAAAGACUAGAAAUUCAAAUUAAAAAAAAAAUUAAAGAAUCAGAGUUUAAUGUGAAGUCUGUUGAAUACACCCUUUUCCAUUAGUUUGUUUUUUCGGUAUGGACCUUUUUUUUAUAGUUAAUGUAAAUUAAUGUAAAUUAAGCGCUAUCAAAGAGAAUCGUCGGACCGACGCUUAAAAGAAAGUAGGGUGGGCCCCAAAAGUGACAGCACGCCCAAUAUUUAGUCCACGUUGGGCAAUGUCUAGCGCAGCUUAAUUCUCACGCAACCUGGGUUCCCGCCUGCCUGCCUUUCCUAUAUCUCCUCCUCUUCUUUAUUCUUUGCAGCCAGAACCCUCGUUCUCUUGUAUUAAAAUCCGAAUAGAAAGAACAACCUCAUCAGUUAAAAGCAAGUGUUAGCAAAAGCAGAAGCUAAACAAAUCAAGCAAAUAUGUCUUGGCAACAGUACGUGGACGAGCACUUGAUGUGCGAUAUUGGUGGCCAAGGCAUUUAUCUCUUCGCGGCUGCUAUUAUCGGCCACGACGGCAGCGUUUGGGCCCAGAGCUCUACCUUCCCUGCGUUUACGCCUCAAGAAAUAACUGACAUCAUGAAUGAUUUUGCUGAACCUGGUUCUCUUGCACCAACCGGUUUAUUCCUUGGCGGUGUAAAGUACAUGGUCAUCCAGGGUGAACCAGGGGCUUUGAUAAGAGGGAAGAAGGGCGGUGGUGGUGCGACUGUUAAGAAGACCAACCAAGCCUUGAUCAUUGGUGUAUACGAUGAGCCUCUAACAGCUGGUCAGUGCAACAUGAUUGUGGAAAGGCUGGGUGAUUAUCUAAUUGAUCAGGGUCUUUAGUUGCACAGGGUUGGACUCGAGGGCAGUUGAUAUCAUUUACAAUGGAGAGCUAGGUGUGCAGAUCAAGUACUUUGGUGUUUGAAGAGUGAAUACUGAUAUUGCUUCCCUUAUAGUGUAUGAAAUCUUGUUUUUUUUCCCCUCAAACAUUUGGCUGGUAAUGUGUUAUUUUAUAGUGGACAUUAUAUUUGUAAGAUAAUUCAUAGCAUACAGAAGAUUCAUAUGUAAGAUUUUUGGAGCACCAACCAGACCCACCUUACUCUUUAACCCGUGAUAAGUCAUCAGCUAAACCGAACCACCGAAUCGGACCGGUAAAUUUAAAGAAGUAAAUAAUUUGUACAAAUCCCCCCAAUGUCCUUGUUUGGGUCGGGCGUUUGAAACUUCACACAAAAGCGCGUUUCACGCAGUACUAAAUAAAAUCUAAAAAUCCCAGUAACUAAUUAUUCUUAGUCAAGUCAUCUAACCCAAAAAAAAAGAAACCCUACCAAACGCUACCUUAGCCCACCGAAACAGGGAAAUCCUUCUCUUUCCUUCCGAUUUUCCUACGCCCUCGAUCUUUCGUGCCCUCUUUGUCUCUCUGUCGCUCCCGUCUUUUUGGUUUGUUCUUUAAAAAUCGUGUUUAGAUCUGUUUGUCUAUUCCUUGAAAUUCCGUGUUUGACCUUCUUCGUUGAAUCUCCCAAACAGUUUUCGUCCCUUUCAACGAUUUAGAUUUCGAUCUGUUCUUUUUG